UACGUGGGGACGAUUAGAGCUCGGUGCUGUUGUUAUCUCCGUGAACCCUGCGAGAGGCCCGAGACCGACACCGCGACCGGAACCUGAUACCCGGGCAGCGCCACACAGCCUGAGCUUAUUGCCAUCUCACCGCUCCUUGUGGGAUAAGGGACACCGGCUGAGAGCCCCGCAGGCCGCGGGCCCUGAUUCUGCCAUGAUGAACGGUUCAAACAUUGGAAACUCCACGUCCAACAACAAGGAAGACCAGGUGGUCAACGGGCACGACGAGAAUGAGAACAACCCGUUUGCCGAGUACAUGUGGAUGGAGAACGAAGAGGAUUUCAACAGACAAGUGGAAGAGGAGUUACAGGAGCAGGAAUUCCUGGACCGUUGUUUCCAAGAGAUGUUGGACGAAGAAGAUCAGGACUGGUUCAUCCCGUCGCGGGACUUGCCGCAGGGCAUCGGGCAGUUGCAGCAGCAGUUAAACGGCCUCACGGUGAAUGAAAAUCACAGUACCGAGGACAUAUUGAGCAAAAGCAAUCUGAACCCCGACGCCAAGGAAUUUGUCCCCGGAGUGAAAUACUGACCGGGGCUACAGGCAACUUUUUAAAAACAUAAAAAAAAAAAUUAAGACUGUUUCCUUAAAUCUUCAGGAAAAAAAACUGCACAAAAAAAAGGGGGAUUGUUUUGGGGAGGUGGUCAGUAGCGAUGCUUUAACUCGGCAUGUGGACUCGAGUAACCUUUAAUGCGGGAUUGUAUCUUUUUCUUCGGGCAUCUAAGAAUUCCCCCCCGUACGGCGUAUUUUGGUGUUAUGCCUGUUGGACAUUUUUCUUUUUUUCUUUUUUCCUUUUUAACAUGGGGGUGCGAGCUUCUCAUCGAAAGACCAUCUGCUGUUGUAUUUAAAAACCGAAACAAUGUGGAAGACACCUUUAAAUAAAAUCAUGGGUUUAUUUUCCCCUUUAA